AUGUCUUCCUCCCAAAUUCCCAAUCUUCUUUCCUCGCGCGGUGGACCACGUUUGCGAGGCCGCGGUCGAGGUCGCGGCGGCCCAUCCACUCUCAGCGCAUCGAGCCGCAGAGAUCAGAACGUCCAAUCCACCGAUACUGAUGCUGCCGUCUCCCGCCUCAGCGCUGUCUCCUUGGGCUAUCUAGAUGAUCCAUUUGCUCAAUAUUUUGUCCAUGGCAAUGGGAUACGAAGAUUGCCCAUCAUUAAUCGCGGGACCUAUACCCGAACCACUGCUCUCGAUACCCUCAUCAACUCCUUCCUCUCAUCCUCCGAUCCUAUCUCAAACCAACCAUCGAGGCAAAUAAUAUCACUCGGCGCGGGGACCGACACUCGCUAUUUCCGCCUCCGCGACCAGAACCGUCAUCACAACCUCGUCUAUCACGAAUUCGACUUCCCUGCAGUCUGCGCGGCGAAGAAGCAGAUUGUCGAGGCAAAUCGGCCGAUAUUAGGGGGCGAUGAGGGCAUAUUCCCGAAUGGUCCCAAUGGCGGGGUCCCCGACGGUGAUAGCAAUCCAGAGCCCGAAUGGGGCCUGCUCCGCUCAGUGGAUGGAGAAACCCAAGAACGGUAUAUAUGCCACCCUCUUGAUCUACGACGUCUCCCUUCCCUGGAAUCUCUCUCAUCAUUUCGAGGUCUGAGGAGUGAUCUGCCGACCCUGGUGAUAUCUGAAUGUUGUUUAUGCUAUCUAGAUAUCGACAUCGCCACAGAUGUGGUGAAGUGGUUUGGGGGUAGGAUACCGGAGCUUGGAAUCGUGAUCUAUGAGCCAAUUGGGGUAGAUGAUCCUUUCGGGCAGAUGAUGGUAGAGAAUCUCGCAGCAAGGGGCAUCUUCAUGCCUACCAUCCAGCGAUACCGGAGUCUAAGUGACCAGCGAGCGCGACUCGCGGCUCUCGAAUUCCAAGAGCGCAACGGAGCCGGAGGAGGAAGCGAUGCCGCGACCAUAGAGGAUAUCUGGGAGCAAUGGGUCCCAGCAGAGGAAAAAGAGCGCCUGAAUAGCCUCGAAGGAUUAGACGAGGUCGAGGAGUGGCAGAUGCUAGCUCGGCAUUACGCCGUAGCUUGGGGCUGGAAAGGAGGCGCGGCCUUGCUGAAACCCCCGCAGACAAGUAGAGAAGAACAAUGA